AUGUCGCAAAAGGCGGCUGGCCGGGCCUCGGCCCGCGAGAGGAACCCGCUGGAGCUUCCCGAGGGAAUCAACAAGCGAUGCGACCUGCCUCCCGAGGCCUACUGGCACGCCGAUCGCGUCAAUACUCCGUAUGCUCGUCGCACCAACUACAACACCAGCGGCGAUGACAUUCGCGUCGGCGUGAACCAGUUCCGCAUCCAGUCCGUCGCUGGCAGGGACGUUUACCAGUACGACGUUAGCAUCACUCCCGAGCCCAAGGGCUCCAUCGUCUACAAGAAGGCGUGGCAGACCAAGGUCGUCCAGGGCAAGCUGGCUCAGCUGCCAAACCCUUGGCUCUACGAUGGCCGCAAGCUUGCCUGGUCGACCAACAAUGUGCCGGGACUUAAAUGCGAAGUUGACCUGGGCGCCGACGAGGGUCGUCCCGGUCGGAAGAACAACACGUUCACCAUCGAGAUCAAGCAAACCUGCAAGGUUCGCAUGGAAGCACUGAAGGCGUACCUGACCAAGCAGAUGGGUUGGGACAACACGGUCCUGGAGUGCAUGAGCUUCCUUGACCACGUCCUUCGUCAGGGUCCCUCUGAGCGUAUGCAUCUGGUCAAGCGUACGCUCUUCAAUGAGUAUUCCCAGACGAAGCGCCUCAACUCGUGCACCGAGGCUAUCAAGGGCAUUUACUCUGCUGUCCGCCUGAACGAGUCGAUCAACAGCGGCGGCCUUGGUCUUGGUGUCAAUGUCGACGUCGCUAACCAGACAUUCUGGGUCGGCCAGAGGUUCGAGCAACUGGCUCGCAACUUUCUGAGCUGCAUGAACCGCAAGUGGGCAACCAUCGACUACGACGGCAUGCGGCAGGCCCUUCUGCCCGUGAAGAUUGAAGUGAAGGGUGGCGGCACCACCUGGGGCAUGUCAGAGGCCUUCAAGGCCCUGCGUCGCCUGCAGAACAUCCGGUUCGAGGUGAAGCACCGUGGAAACUCGCAGGGCCCCAAGGAAUACAAGGUCCGGCGCCUUGCAUUUGACCCCAAGUAUGGGGAGACGGGUGCCUGCGCCAAGGCUGUCACCUUCGACAAGAAGAUGCCGGAUGGUUCCACCAAGACCUACAGCGUCUUCCAGUACUACCUCGAGCAGUACAAGGCCAGGAUUCAGCACUGGUACCUUCCCCUCAUCGAGACCACCAAGGCUGGAUACUUCCCCAUGGAAGUGUGCGAGGUCCUCCGCUUCAACCCUUACCCCUUCAAGCUGGAUCCCGCACAGACCCAGGAGAUGAUCAAGUUUGCGGUUCAGCGCCCGCAGCAGCGCAAGGCCGAGAUUAUGCAGAUGGUGCAGAACCUCGAGUGGGAUAAGGACCGUUACCUAGCCCACUUCGGCAUCAAGAUCAACCCGAUCAUGCCGAUGGUCCCGGCGAAAGUCCUCCGGAACCCUGUCGUUCAGUUCGCCAACCGGUCUACCGACCCCAAGAUGACCGGUCGGUGGGAUCUCCGCGGUAUGAAGUUUGUUCUCCCCAACAAGAAGCCGCUCGUGUCGUGGGCCUUCGUCAUUGUCGACGCCUGUGUCGACAAGCCCACCAUGGAGAACUUCGCGAAGGUCUUCAAGACUACGUACGCCGCCCAUGGUGGCGUCAUUUCGAGGGACCCCAGGAUCCUGAUGCCUCCAGUGGGCACCGGGCACGACAAGAUCGUCGAGGGCGCCUUCAACCAGUGCGGCAAUGAGAACAAGGCCACUCCGCAGAUCAUCUUCUUCGUGCUGAGGGACAAGACUUCAUGGGUGUACGACCGCCUGAAGAAGAACGCCGAUUGCCGGUUCGCGUGCCUGACGCAGAUGCUGCAGGCCCAGCACGUCCGGAAGGCGCAGGGCCAGUACUGUUCCAAUGUCUGCAUGAAGGUCAACUCGAAGCUUGGCGGGCAGACGUCCAGGAUUGCCCAUCAAGGCCAGGGCUCUGCGUUCUUCAAGGUUCCCACCAUGAUGAUCGGCCUGGAUAUCUCGCACGGCAACACAGCUUCUGGGUCUGUCUCGGUGGCGGCGAUGUGCGUCUCGAUGGAUAAGGACGCGGCAGUUUACGAUGCCGCUGUGCAGACCAACGGCCGGGGUGUGGAAAUCCUGCAGCCUGAACACAUGCACUCGAUGCUCGGGCCGCUGGCCGUCAAGUGGCGGCAGAAGAACCAGGUCGCUCCCCAGCACGUCUUCUACCUUCGCGACGGCGUCUCGGAGGGUCAGUUUGCACACGUCAUGGAGUUUGAGGUGGGCGAGAUGCGGAAGGUGUUCAAGGAGCACAUUGGCGGAGUCCCCAAGAUCACCGUCAUCAUCGCCACCAAGCGGCACCACAUCCGCUUCUUCCCCGAGCGGGGCGACAAGAACGGCAACUGCCUGCCGGGAACGCUGGUGGAGCGGGAGGUGACGCACCCGUUCCACUACGACUUCUACCUCUGCUCCCACGUGGCCAUCCAGGGCACCGCUCGCCCGGUCCACUACAACGUGCUGCAGGACGAGUGCGGGCUGAAGGCGGAUGACCUGCAGCGGAUCCUCUACCACCAAUGCUACCAGUACUGCCGCUCGACCACGCCGGUCUCGCUGCAUCCCGCGGUGUACUACGCGCACUUGGCCGGUGCGCGGGCGCGUCACCACGAGGACAUGGCGACCAGCGACCAGGUCCCCAAGGAGAGCAAGUACUUGGUGCUGCGGCGCCCCGGGCCGAUGGCCAAGCGCGAGGGCAGCGAGACUUCUUCUCAGAGCGAGGAGACCCAGCCUCCCAAACUCUUGAAGCCUGGCAGCUAUGGCGGUCGCGCGGAUGCCAUCGAGACAUUCACGAACACCAUGUGGUGGGUCUAA